AUGAGUAAAGAGAACAACAUAGAAGAGGAAGGAAUUAGAAGGAAGAAGAAGGAAGAAGAAGGAAGAGGGAAGAAGAAGGAAGAAGAAGAAAGAAGAAGGAAGAAGAAGGAAGAAGAAGGAAGAAGAAGGAAGAAGAAGGAAGAAGAAGGAAGAAGAAGGAAGAAGAAGGAAGAAGAAGGAAGGAGAAGGAAGAAGAAGAAAGAAGAAGAAAGAAGAAGGAAGAAGAAGGAAGGAGAAGGAAGAAGAAGGAAGAAGAAGAAAGAAGAAGAAAGAGGAAGAAAGAAGAAAGAAGAAGGAAGAAGAAGAAGAAGGAUAGUAUAA